AUGCAUCUUGCCUUUCCCCUUUUUGUCUUAUUUAUUCUCGGUAAUGGUGUGUACACGCAUAUAUGUCUGUGGGCACCAAUGCAACGUGGGCAGUUCGAUAUAUCCACACCAGGAGCUCAUCCAUGCUAUCGUAAAAUAGGACCAUGUGGAAAUGUGAAUUCAUCAUCGUCAUCGCCACGAACAUCUUUAGUGGCUGGAAGCAAAUACAAAGUUGAAUUUCAACAGAACUUAAAUCAUUAUUAUACAGGCAAACCCGGUGCACUUGAUAUUUCAUUUGCUGUUGGUUUGAAUCCAGCAGAAGGUGAUUUCCAUGUCCUUCAUUCAUUUUCGGACUAUAAUGCCAUGAAUCAAAUAACACAAACGAAUUUCUCUGUCGAAAUCGAUCUGCCGAGUCAGACGUGUGAUGAAUGCGUGCUACGUGUACGCUAUUUAUCUAACAAUCCAGAAGAAGACGAUCACGGAACUGUUUUUCAUCAAUGUUCAGAUGUCAAAUUAACUCAAUCAUCUUCGAAUGCAUUAAAACCAAAGAAAUCUGAAGAGAAAACUGAGAAGCCAAUUGUUCAACAUAACGAAGAUCCUCAUGAUUGCUGUGCGCCAGAAAGUUACACCAACGCAUUCUUUCAUAUCAUUCCUGCCAUUGAUUAUCAUUCCGAAGGACUCAUUUUUUAUGAUAAAAAAGUCCAACAAAUGCGUGUCAUAGUUACAGUGAACGGUGGCCGCGGUAACACAACAUUCGACAGUACCUUUGACAUGUGGAUGAACUUUACAUCAGGUCGUCAAUACUAUUACAAUCGUAAUACUGGCUCAUGUGAUCUUUACGGAUUAGAUUACUGGAAUGACUGGUGUUUCGGUAAUAAAUACAAUCAAACCGAAGACUUUGUGGCUGCUGAUGUUAAAUGUACAUCACCAUAUGGAAAAACACGUAAUUGUAAUCAAUGGCGCAAUGGUGAAUUUCUUUUUGAAACACUAUCAGAAUCUGCUUGCUUUCCAUCAAGUAUUUCACGGCCAAGUGGCGAAAGAAUCGAUUAUAUAAAAGGAGCUGCCGCACCAAUUCCACCCUCAACAUUUGUACCGAAUUCUGUUUGCAUGAAGCAAACCAAAGUCAAACACGCAUCAGUGGGAUGGAUGAGAAUGCAUGCAUAG